CAGUUCGUCUAAAUUUGCUAGUUCCCGUCAUGCAACCAUGUUUGAAAAUGGCGGACGACUGCUUUCAUAACAAAUAGAAGUUCUUUGACUUCACCACCGGUGUACGUGGAUAAUUUCAUAUUAGUGUAUUAAGCGUAGUCUUGACAAUGCCUAAAUACUACGAGGAUAAAGAGGAAGACAACCGAGCGUGUGCUGGGAUAAGAGAAGAUUUCAAGGCUUGUCUCCUUCAACACGACUGCGUAGUCAAGGAAGGAAAGAUGCCAAGCGAGUGUUUGAAGGAAGGCCAUUGCAAAGCCUUGCAGACAUCAUUCUUCGAGUGCAAGAGGUCCAUGCUGGAUACGAGGUCAAGAUUCAGAGGAAGAAAAGGAUAUUAAUAUAAGACUGCGAGGUCAACAUUGCCAAAGAUGUUUCCUCCUUGCUUGGGAGCAUAAAGACAUCAGGUAGCAGCAAAGGACUGUUAAAUAUUUAACUCAUUCGCUAUUGCCAGCCAUCCCUGGUCAAAUGGAAUUGUCACCGUCAAUGGCUGUCAGUGUUCAGAACAAUGCACACUGAUACUAAUUUAUUUGACUUGAAUUGUGCAAAUAAAGAGGGAUGCUCGAUUUGAUAUGAGAUUAUGAGUGCUUAACUCUAAAUACUAGGCAAUAGAAAAAAACAACUUGGGGAUUUGUAAUUCUCCCAGAAAAAAGUUGGAAUGUGGAAUUGCGGUCUUUAUGAUGUACCGUACUUUUCGUACUAUAAGCAGCUACUUUUUCCCCCUCAUUUUGAGUCCUGCGGCUUAUAGACCCUACUCACGUGACGUCACAGCCACGCCCCCGCGCCAUGUUGUCCGUAUACUCGUCAUGUUAAUGCAUUAGCGCUCCGUAAAUUCCUCCUAUAAUGGCGUGUUUUUCUGCUCGUUAACAUUAAUAAUCAAAAUGGUGAAGUCGUGUGUGGCGGUCGGUUGCAAAAACAGAGAAGAUAGACGGAGAGACUUGAAGUUUUACCGUAUUCCGAGAGACCCGGAGAGGACAGCUAGAUUGAGUGCUGCAAUUCGACGAGAAAACUGGGCUCCAAACGACUACCACAGAUUAUGUAGUAGUCAUUUUAUAUCUGGUAAGAUGCAUCUAAUAUAUAUUUAGAGGGUUUUGGGCUGACAACCACAAUUAAGAUCAUUGCUAGGCUAAUCGCCGACAACAUACACUCAGACGUUGUGAAUGAACUACCUGAAAAUAAAUAAUUAUAAGGCAGUUGUCAUACAAUUAAUUUACAAUUUCACUAUUGAGGUCAAAAGCCAAAAAAUAAAUUCAACUAGGGACAAUCUGGAGUAGUGCUAUCGCACUUCAUAUUUAUUACAUAUUACAUAUGUAUGUAGUGAGAGUGCUAUCGCUAAACCAUAUAAACAUUAAAAGCCCUAGCUCCAUUGACAAAUGACAUGAAAUACAUUAGACUUGACAGUGGAUGUUAGCAAGAACAAAAGAUUUUGAAUUGAAAAUUUCCUAACUCACCUUCCCGAGCACAAGAUUCCUGCCGAGUUUUCGUGUACGAGGACCUGUUUCACCCAACCAGCAACGUAGCAUUUAUAAGCCUCCAAGCUCUUAAAGUUUUUCAAACUUUCGUGAGAAUAGGCUGAUUUUGUGUGGACAAGAUAGUUGUAAAUACCAGGGUCAGGCAAAGACGGCGAAGACGGCGGGUCGAAAAACAUCGAUUUAGGCAUCAAAUAUGGAUCUGGCGAAUGGAUAAACUGAAGCUUUUCCACAUAACGCCUUUUAUGCAACGCAUCCAAUGAGUUUACGGCGUCAGAUAACACCGGGGCUUCCAUGAAUUGCUCUAUAACUUGCACGACUAAUUGAAAACAAUGAGAAUAGGUCUAAAAAAAUACGGACAAUAUGGCGGCCGGAUACAGCGACACGUCAUUUUGUGACGUAGGUUAGUAGGGUCUAUAGUCCAGUGUGGCUUAUUUGUUGAUUUUUUUAGGUUAAUAGGUAACACUUUAUUUGACAGCGGCAUUAUAAGACUGCCAUAAGACCGUCAUAAUUAUGACAUGACACUAUUAUGGGCAUUAAUGAAUGCAUAUGACAAAUGUCAUUAAUUGUCCUCCGGCAAAUUAUGUCCAGCUCAGAUCUUUUAUAUCCAUUCAAAAGUGAGAUAAUUUGCCAGAUGACACAAAAUCUGUCAUAAGCAUUUAUUAAUUCUCAUGGCAGUGUCAUGUCAUAAUUAUGAUGGUCUCAUGACAGUCUUAAGGCCCCAAGUACACCGGAUGCAUGAUUGUUGCGGUUCGACUCCGGUAAAAAAUAGCGCCGGAGCCAAUCCGUUCCCAUUAUAUCCUAUUGUUCAACGUAUACUGGCUGCGUCAGUGCUCCGGAUUGCCUGCGAACCACCUCCGGCGUGGUGAGCGCUUCAUCAUGGAGGUGGAAACUGGAAAGUCACAAAGUAAUAUACGAUGCAGCAGAUCGUUGUUAUAAGGACAGCAUUAAAAGCGAAGCUGCAAGGUGUCCUAUUAUGUGUGUUUGUCUGGCAAUGAUAUCAAACACACGACGUGCUGAAAACUUUGAGCGGGAAAAAAAAAAACAGCGUAUCUGGAAGUGGUUCCACCGCAGAAAUUCUCGUGCCCGGUGCACACAUAAUGUCGGUUUGUAUACAGAGUCCAGGGGGAAAAGUACAAAAGAGAAUAAAGAGAAGUUUCGCCCUGGUGGUCUAUUCAAGACGUUUCUCUUUCUUUCCUACAUUUUACUUGACUUUUCAUUGAACAACCAACAGUUUGCGCUGGGCACAGGAAUCUGCAGUGUUGAGACACCAAUUCCAAGUACGCUGUUUUUUAGUUCGUGUAGUAUAUAAUUCGGUAUCCAUUUUAUAAAUAUUACAGAUUAUUUAACAGUUGUUAUGUGUUAUGUAACUUAAAUUUUAAAUGUGCACAAAGAUAUAAACCCACCGACACAACCAAGGGCAUAAUAGCCCCUCUUCCCCCUACACACGGAGCCCUGAUCUCAACAUGAUGCAGUCAAUCUGGAAUUAAGAGACAGACACAACUAAAAUACUGUCGCGAAGCUGGGGCUGUCAUCGGUGGGUUAAUUUAUGCACCAACGUGGGGCUGUCAUUGGUGUGCUGGUGCACCGGCGCGAUGCUCCGAUUGGUGGACUAGAUAGCGUCAGUGUAUAUAGUUGUUGUUUUUGCAUUGGUGAGUUGGCGGGAAGAAGAAAAAGAGGAAAAGGCGUUGAAGCUCGUGUGUUGUUUUCGCGGCCAAACUUUCGCUUAGCAAACGUUACAAUUAGGGCUGUCAAAAUUAACGCGUUAACGCGCGGUAAUUAAUUUUUUAAAUUAAUCACGUUAAAAUAUUUGACGCAAUUAACGCACAAAGUAUUCUGCCUUUUGGUAAGUUUUACAGCAAGGCGUUUUGUGCUGUCUAACAGCGAACUCUUGUGGUCGCUUUGCGACAUGGUUUAUUUUUUUCUUGCCAGUUCAAUAUGGCUGCACGACGUCUCUGUUGUGCUUAUACGAUCCUUGGAAAAGAUUUGUCCGUAAGCAUGGUUGUUGUAAAGAAUGUACAUAUUACGUUAAUAAGCGAAAUGUUAUAUUUUUUGUAUGAGACGCUUUUUGUUUAUGUUUAGUCAACCUGUAUAGCGUGCUAAGCUAACGUUGUUGCUAAUGCAAUGC